AUGAGCGAUAUGAUUCUAGCAGUCGAAAGCCACACGCUUGUUGAUGAUCGUACUGGUCCUGAUAUUGCUCUAUGGAAGAGAGGACCAAACGAGUUUCGUAAGAGUUUCUCUACUGCUGAUACAUGGCAGCAGAUACGUACGCACAGUCCUACUACGGCAUGGAGCAAAGUGAUAUGGUUUUCCUUAGGAGUACCUCGUUUUGGAUUCAUUACUUGGCUUGCUAUAAGGAAUAAAUUGUCUACGGGGGAUCGCAUGCGUGCUUGGGGCCUCACUCAAGGAUGUCUGUUCUGCGGUGAACCAAACGAGUCGCGGGAUCACCUUUUCUUCGCCUGCCCCUACACUUACACGCUUUGGCUAGAGGUAGUAGGAACACUAAUGGGUCGGCCCCCUGAUCCAGACUGA